AUGUGGUUUCUCAGUCUUAGCAUCUUGUUGCUAGCAGCACCGAGUGUCGAGGUCGCUGCCUAUACCUUAGAUCAGGUUGAGGCUCAGUUCUCCUCGUACGUUAAGCUCGCGGAGAACGGCCGGCUGAACACUCGAGGCCAAUUGCCCUUCGGCUGCACGCUCGCGUGCGGCUUUCUAGACUUUGCGCUGCCAUCGCAGAUCUCGUAUCCGAACAGCACCAUCUACAGCCUCGAGGAGUCGGGAUACUGGUCGCAGCAGCAAGCAUUGACGGAGCCGACUUGUCGCUUCUCCCCCAAGUCCGCGCUAGAUGUUUCCUUUGCAGUCCUAGCCCUCCAGGUGGCCCAGUGCGAAUUUGCCGUGAAGAGUGGUGGCCAUGCUGCUUUCGAGGGAGCGUCGAACAUCCAGGGUGGGAUGACAAUUGAUUUGGCCAAUCUGAACGAAAUUACCGUGCGGUCUGACCGGGCCCAGACGGCCAUUGGUGCUGGCAAUAUCUGGUACGACGUCUACACCACGCUUCAGCCCAUGGGGCUCACUGUGAUCGGCGGACGAGUCUCGGCCAUCGGCGUAGGAGGACUGACUCUAGGCGGUGGCAUAUCAUUCUUUUCCGGUCGCUAUGGAUGGGCCUGCGACAAUGUCAACAAUUACGAGGUCGUGCUUGCGGACGGUUCCAUUCGGGAAGUGAGCUUCUCCUCGCCAUAUUCCGAUUUAUACUGGGCGCUCCGUGGUGGAGGGAAUAACUUCGGAAUAGUUACCCGUUUCGACCUCAUGACCUUCCCCCAGGGCGAUCUCUGGGCUGGUUCGGAAACCUUCAUCUAUACCCCCGAGACGGCAGCAGCCAUCAAUGAUGCAGUUUAUUACCUUGGUGUUAAUGCUCCAUCCGAUCCUUACGCGCAGGUCAUCACUGCCUACGCGUAUGCACAAUCGGUGGAUACUUAUAUCAUAGCCUCAGAUUUACAAUAUGGAAAACCAGUUGCAAACCCACCUAUUCUGCAAAACUUCACAGCUGUCCAGGGUGCCGUCGCCAGUACUCUCCGCAUCGUCGAUCAAGCCAAUUUAACCAUUGAAUUCAAUAAUACCAACCCGGGAGGCUUCCGACAAACUUAUCGGACCCUGAUGGUUGGGAAUAAUGCUACGUUGAUGGCGGACAUGGUUGCCAUCUACAUGGAUGAGAUCGAGCCGCUCAAGACUGUUGCUGGCAUUGUCCCGUCGCUUGUUUUCCAGCCUAUCACCACCGACAUGAUUUCGCACUUCUCAAAGAACGGCGGUAAUGCCCUUGGGCUGGAUGAUCAGGGCCCUCUCAACCUGGUGCAAAUUGAUAUAUCUUGGUCUGACAUUGCUGACGACGAUCGGAUUCUGACUGCCGCACAAAACAUACUCGAUGGCUGUCAAGCCGCUGCGUCUGCUGCGGGUCUGCUCAAUAAGUAUGUGUACCAGAACUAUGCCUCUGCUGGACAGGAUGUCUUCUCCGGUUACGGACAAAAGAACCUGGCAAGAUUGAAAGCUGUCAGCGCAAUAUACGACCCGACUCAGGUCUUUCAAAAGCUACAGCCCGGAUACUUUAAACUUAAGUGA